ACCUGAAAUCAUGGUUUUGAUGUUAAUGACCCAAAUCAUUUUAAAGGAAACUCGGUGUGAGGUUAUGGGAGCUAACCGUCCAAUCAGAAGGCAGGAUGGCGGUUGUCUUUGAUUUUGACUGGUCUGUUAGCGUGGUCAUGGUAAUGUCCUGAUUUCAGUGAAUUGUUCUCGGCGUGAGGCGGUCUGCUCUUGCUCCGAGCGGUCCUGGAGAUAUCCGGCAUGCUUUUGGGUAAAUAGAGUCGCAAUGGGCUUUUCUGGCAGAAGCUGUGUCAUGGAUGGAAAUGGAGACUGGCCUUCCAAGAAAAUCAGAAAACACAGAAGCCAGUCUCCAAGUCGUGAUGUUUCACCUGUGCCAUCAUAUUAUUCAGAACCCGUCUCAUUCCUGCAGCGUCGGGAUGUAAUUGCCAGCCUUCCCCGCCUCCCUGGUGUAAGACAGCCAAUCAGGGAUGAAGAUGACGAUGACGAUGUUCGGAGUCACAAGAGCCUCCCAGUGAUGACCACCUUGACCCUCCGACCCAAACACGAGAGGUCACACAAGAGUCAAGUUAUUUCCGAUCUACCUCCUCUCAUAAGCUCCAGGUGCAGUUUGAUUGUGAAAGGCACCGGGUGUAAAACUGACCUCAAGCUGCCACCAAUUACCAAAUCUGGGAAGUUUCGGAAGGAAACGGACCCCCAGAGACCACCUUGCAGGGCUGGAUGCAGGCUGGAGAAAAUGAAAAUGGAUUCAGCUGAAACCAUUCAUGCAUUCAUCCAUCCCAAAACUGUACCUGUGGGCGCUCUGUCUGCCAAGGUGCACAGUGUUAAAGGAAACGAGCCCUGCUUGGUCCCUGCCAGAGCUUCACGCGUGUGCCCGGGAUCUCGUCUGACUUUCCAAAGUCCAAUAGUGCAGGCAGUGUAUCCUAUCAAUCCAGAAGGUGUGCAACACAUGAAGCAGGCUGACAGAGCGAGCCGGCCCCUGAGGUCCGUACUGAAAAAAGCUCAUGCAUCCAACGGCCGAAUGUUUGACUGCCCGCUGGCGGCACACCUGCUGGAGCCUUUCUCUGGGUUUCAGGAGCAUCUCUGUCGCCAGAUCCUCCACUCUCCUCUGCCUUAUCGCGCGGUUCUGCCGCAGGUCCGCUUUCCUUGCCAACAGGACCAGGUGGAUCUGUUGCCUAUGUGUGGGGGUCCGUACAGCUCACUGAUGGAACGCACUGUAGAGCUUUGCAAGUCUCAGGGGCGGAUGUUUCCCAAGAUUACCAUGACCUGUCCAACGCCUUCUCCGAAAAAUCUGUGUCCCACAGGGACGAGACAUGCAGCUUGAGAAACUGCAAGGUCGUCCAGUUUAAAGAUAUUAUUGCAGAUUUGGAACUUUAUUAAAACUAAUCUUGACAUUUACAUUCAUCCAAAGCGAUUUAAGCUGCAUUACGAUCAUCUGACUCUGCCCUAUCAAUACAAUCACCAACAUUCAAUUUAUUGUGUUCAUAGUAGGAGACAGAAGAGCCAAUAGAGACGCAUGUGUCAAAUCUCUGGUCACUUUAUCUGAUGGCUCAGCGAUUAGUGGACUGGAACUCAUACGACCCCAGCGUGCACAGCUUUGUGUAGUCAAGACACUGUGGAAUCACACGUCAUCUUUCAUCUGGUUGCCAUGGAAGCCUUGAGGAUCAUUAAGCCAUGUGGACCCUGGGGCCUGUUAUGUUCCACAGGAAGAACAGGAAGUGGCUCAAAGGAGUUUUAUAAAAUAAUGCCCUACAUUUUUCAGGGUGUCGAGACCCCUUUGGGUACAUAUCCUUUGUCUUAUUGAAGUGGAACAUAAUCAUUUUUCUUGGCCCUUCACUCUGUCGCUUUAUAUGUCUUUUAUUUUUUGAAGCAUAAGUCACAUCAGUUUUCCAAGUUGGCCAGAAUGUGCAGUACAAUACUAUAGACUUUCUUUAAAAAAUAGUUCACAUGAGAAUAAAAAAGUACUUCUAAACCUGGUUAUUUUUCAUAUUCAUCCAGGUCAAAUUAAAUAUGGUGCCUUGACUCAACAGUAUCACAUUCUUUUCUUUUGUCACCCAGGAUUGACAAACGUGUGAAUGUUUUAUAAUGAUUGUCUGUAAGUGACUCCUAAAAUUGGAGGAUAAAUAAUACACAUUUUGUAACAAUUACAAAGGACAUGUGAGUUCAUUUUAUUCUUAAAACAACGGUCCAAUGACCAGCUUCAGUUUUUGACUUGACACUCUGUUGUGUAGCAGAAAUAAACAUGCUGACUAAAUACACAUUCAUACUACAUUUGUUUAUAAAAUGUACAUUUUGUAAUGAGUAUACUAUUCAUUGUAAUUUGAGUUCACAUUGUUGUUCAAACAACGUUCCAAUGACCAGCUUUAUUUUUUUGUCCUGACACUGUGUUGCAGAAAUAAACAUAUUUCAU